AUGCCCACUACAAACUCAGAAUGGGGCUUUAACAUCACCGCCCCAACCGUUGCCGCCACCUUCCCCGACGCCAUCAAAAACCGCACCAUCCUCAUCACCGGCGUCAACCGUACUGGACUGGGCUACGGAACCGCCUCAGCCUUAGCCCCACAGUCCCCUUCCACGAUCAUCAUCACCGGCCGCUCGCAGGCCAAGCUCGAUGAAAGCCUUACCUCCCUUCGCGCCACUUACCCUUCCGUGACGUUCAAGCCAUUGGUAGUGGACCUCAGCUCCCAGGCAUCCAUCCGCGAGGCCGCUGCCGAGGUGUUGAAGUGGAAAGAUGUGCCCGCUAUCGACAUCGUGAUCAACAACGCGGGCGUGAUGAACAUCCAAGAUCGCACCCUGACCGUUGACGGCAUCGAGAUGCACUUCGGCACGAACCACAUCGGCCACUUCCUCCUCACCAACCUCAUCAUGCCGAAGAUCCUCGCCGGAAAGAACAAGCGCAUCGUCAACGUGAGCAGCAUGGGCGCUUUCGUAUCGCCCAUCCGCUUCUCCGAUCUGAAAUGGGAAACACCCCACAAAGACAUUCCGGACAACGAAAAACCUAACACGACAAUGCUGAAAGCGGCACGUCUGCUAGUCGAAGACUCUACGACGUACAUUCCUUUUGGAGCCUACGGCGCCAGCAAAACAGCGAACAUCUUGUUCGCCGUGGGGUUAAACAAGAAGCUGGGAGAGAAAGGAGUGAAGGCUUUCGCGCUACAUCCAGGAGAGAUUAUGACAGAGUUGCAAAGGAGCACGGAUCCGGAGUGGUUGGGUAAGGCGAUGGAAGGGAGGAAGCAGGCAGGGUUGGCGGGAUUCAAGAGCGUGGAGGAGGGGGCGGCGACGAGUGUGGUCGCGGCGGUGGAUCCGGGGUUGGAUGGAGAGGCUGAGGGGGUCUUCCUGGAGGACUGCCAGGUGAGCGCGAAAGUGCCUGGUUAUGCGGUGGAUAAGGAGGAGGCGGACAGGCUGUGGGAAGUUAGUGAGGGGUUGGUGGGGGAGAAGUUUGCUUAG